AUGCGCGGCCAUGUAUUGCGCCGUGUGACGCCGAGGCUCGCCGGUGGUGCGGGGCGCCGUCGUCGGGACCUCGCCGUCGCGGAGCUGCGCGGCGACCAGAGGGGCCUUUCGAAUGGCGGGAGGGGUGUCGGCGCGCGCACGAGAGGCUGCGCGGAGCUGCAAGGCUUCCUGGACCCGGACGCGCUCGUUUCCGACACGCAGGGGCGUAUCAACGCCGCCGCGGUCGAGCGGGCGGGAGACCUGGCCGCGUACCUUCGCGAGAAGGCGGCCCGCAUCCCGAGCGGGGCUCAUGCGGAGAUGCGGCGCCUUGCCUACAACUGCUGGCUUGCCUUCCUCGAGCUCGCGAAGAAGGGCCAAGGUAUAACUCUUGAGCAGCAGAGGGCGCGGUGCCUGCUCGGGAGGCUCGCCGGCCAGCUGAUAUCGACGACCGUGGACGGCGCGGCGACGCCGGACGGCUGGGCGACGUGUGCCGAGGUGUGGCUGGGCGCGGCCGAGCAGUGGGUGAGCGGGGCGGCCGUGAGCCACGCGGACGCGGAGACCUGCUGCUCCGAGGCGUUCACCGCGAUCCGGAACCUCAUCAGGAACGCCAAGGGCGAGAACGUCGUGCACGACGGGUGCCGCCUCCUGUGUGCCGCACUUCGACUGCGGGUUUCCAACGCGAUCUCAAUGCAGGACUUCGGACUCGUGUCGCGGGCCAUCGAGGAAGCGGGCGCGACGUUCGGCGAGAGCCCGUUCCGCCAGCCCUGCGCCGUCGGGAUCGUGCUCGCGGCGGAGAGCGUGGGCGAGGUGGCGCUGGAAGAGAGCCGCAAGGACACGGACAGAAGCACGAAGACCGCGCUGCACGUCGCGCGCGCGGGCUUCCGCCUCCUGCUCUCCAGCAGCGACGCCUCGGUCGCUGCCGAGCGCGAGCGCCUGGGCCUGCGGUACGUCCGCUCCAUCGCCAACUGGGCGUGCAAGGAGUCCGACUUCGAAGGCGCCCUCCACGUCCUCCGCGCGCUGCCCGGCACCGUCCCGAGCGACCUCCGCGCCGUCUGCGUCAAGGCCCACGCCGCACUCGGACGCACUGCGGCGAUGGUCGCGGAGCUGCGCCAGCUGACGCACGCGCCGGACGCCAGCGUCGACACCUGCCUCUGGGCGCUCGGCGAGGCCGCCUCGGCGGCUCUGCGCGUCAAGGCGGGACCGGACAAGGAGCAGCUGUUCCGAGACCUUCACGAGACCAUGAAUGAUAUCGUGCGGCAGUUCGGGGGCGGCCUCGACGUCGUGGUGCCCGUGGCGGCCGUGCUGCUCAGCGAGGGCACGUCGCGCGGGGAGGACGCGGCGCUCAGCAUGCUCGGACAGGACCACCUGCUGCAGGCGGCCGAGCGGCGGCCCGGGGUCGCGGACGGCGCGCUGAAGCUCAUCUGGGAGCACGCGGUGCGGACGUUCGAGGACAAGGCGUACGCGCGGGCCGUGCCGUUCCUGCAGGCCGCGUUCGCCUACGCCACGGGGGAGCAAAAGGGGCGCGCAGCGCGGCUGCUGGCGAUGUGCUGCAUGCGGGGCGAGUCGCGGGACCUCGAGCGGGCCGCGCAGUGGCUCGGGCAGGCCUCGAUGGCCGUCGGCGGGUCGGACGCGUUCUCUGCGUCGGACACGCUCUCUGCGUUUCUGGGGUUCAAGGUAGCGCUGCUGCGGAAGGACCGGGCGGCGGCGGGGGAGGCUGUGGCGGCGAUCGCGGGCGCGGACGAGGAGGAGGAGGGUGCGGGGGGCAGCGAGAGCGGCGACGAGGGCACGGACGCGCAGGCAGUGGACGAGAUGCUGCGCAUUUGUUGCCAGGAGGCGCAGGACGCGAACGCGCACGACAUCGCGGUCGACGUGCUGCGUCUCCUCCAGAGCAGGAUCGCCGAGGGCAAGGCGACGGGCGUGUCCGAGGGCACCAUCAUGCGGCACUGGGUCCAGGCCGUCCUCGACAAGCGCGCGGCGGCGUCGCCCGAGGACCGCAACGCCGCCACGACGCAGCUCUCCACCGCCCUCACCCUGGCCGCCAAGCGCGCACAGGCCGUGGGGAGCGCGGCGUUCGAGCACCCCGCGGACGACGAGCACGCAGGCGACGUCCUGAUGUGGUUCGCGAACACCGCGUGGACCGCCGCGCGCGACAGCCUCGCUCUGGGACACUUGAAGAGCGUCAUCGUGAUGUCGCACCUCGCUGCGACGUUCUACGGGCUGAUGGCCGGCGCGGACGGGGUGACGCCGGAGGCGGCACGCGCAGCGCAGACGUGCCGGCGCGUCGUGCUCAUCGGGGCGGCGGUGGCGGCGGUGCGGCUGCUGGUGGAGGCACCGGGCGACGCGGGGCCGCGCGGGAUCGCGCGCGACUGCAUCGACCAGGCGCUGGCCACCGCGGAGAGCCUUCGGCGCACGGACGCUGACUCGUGCCGGGACGAGUUCGACUUCUUGGUGCUCCUGACGGACGUCCAGCUCUGCGUGAUCGAAGGGCGCACGGACAGGCCGGCGGCGGUGCUGGCGCAGCUCGCGGACCACCCCGCAGCGCGCGCCGGGCAGCUGCUGGACCUGGUUGCUGCGUGCCGCGCGGCUGCGGCGCCCGGGGCCGUGCUCGCGGAGGUCGCCGCGGCGGCGCUCGACGUCGCCUCGCGCCAGCUCCCAAUCGACGCGCACUCGGCGGCGGAAGCGUUCGUGAUCCUCCACGACGAGGCCCGCGGCGACCUGCAGCGCCUGCGCGCCCUCAUGGAGCGCCUGCUCGUCGUGCUGCGCGCGUGCCGCCUCCGCGCCUUCCCCGAGCUCCACGCGCACUACCUCCUCGCGUCGUGCUUCAACGCCGGCUGCACCGCGGUGCGCCGCAACGGCGACUUCGCCACAGCCCAGCGAAUGAUGGACCUCGCGCUGCAAAUCGCCAAGACCUGUCAGGCCACACUGGGUCCUGGACCGUGGGACGACCUCAUGCCGCGCCUCAGCACGGACAUCGCGCACCUGGCCAGCAAGGCGGCGGCACCGGCCAAGGGCCCCCCGGUCGGACCCGCGAAAGCCUCCGAGGGCGUCCGGGACGCGUCGGACCCGCCGCAGCCGCUGAGUCCCCCGGAGCACUUGAUGCCUGACAGCGAGCGCAGCGUGCACGGCUCGCACGCGCCCGGGCCCUCGCAGCGCGCCCCAGCAGCCAGGUCGGAGCAGCCGCACGCCGCGAAGCAGCCCGCAGCUGGCUCCGCCGCGGCCGCUGCCGCGUGGAUGACCGUCGAGGUCCUCCAGGGCAACGACAACCAGAAAACCAAGACUGACGUCAACAAGCCUGAGGGGGACACCAAACGCGCCCUGCAGGACAUCAGGAGCGGUGCGGACGCGCCUGCGCCGUCGGAGGUCGUCGGGCUGGAGACGAGGCGCGCUAUGUCGGAGAUGCUGGUGCAGUUUGAUGACGUCCUGGUGCCGUCCCCCGCGAAGCCGCAGGGGCUGGGUGUGCGUGGCGGGCAGGGCGCUGGCCGGACGCUGCGUGCGCGCCGGCAGCCUCAGGCUGCGGCGGGGCAGGAGGGUGGGGGUGCGGACGAGGCGGGCGGGGGGGGAGGGAAGGGCAAGCAGAAGUCGCCCGGGCUGCCUGACUGGAUCAAGGGCCUGGCGAGCGAGGGGGGCGCGGAGCCGUCGGGCGUGCAGUGGCCGUCGACGUCGACUGACAGCCCGAGGAACGCGCUGGAGCGCAGGUUCGACAUGGAGCCUUGA